CCCGGCGUUGGUAUUGGUGUUGUAUACGUCCUGUCGCAACCAUACCUGUUUCCUUGUGCUGAGAUCCUGAGGUGAUGAAUCAUAGUGAAAGAUUCGUUUUCAUUGCAGAGUGGUAUGAUCCAAAUGCUUCACUAUUUCGACGUUAUGAGCUUUUAUUUUACCCAGGGGAUGGAUCUGUUGAAAUGCAUGAUGUAAAGAAUCAUCGCACCUUUUUAAAGCGGACCAAAUAUGAAGACCUUCACUUGGAAGAUUUAUUUAUAGGCAACAAAGUGAAUGUCUUUUCUCGACAACUGGUGCUACUUGACUAUGGGGAUCAAUAUACAGCUCGGCAACUGGGCAGUAGGAAAGAAAAAACAUUAGCCCUGAUUAAACCAGAUGCAGUAUCAAAAGCAGGAGAAAUAAUUGAAAUAAUAAGCAAAGCUGGAUUUACUCUAACCAAACUCAAAAUGAUGACACUUUCAAGGAAAGAAGCAACAGAUUUUCAUAUAGAUCAUCAGUCAAGGCCCUUUUUAAAUGAGCUGAUCCAGUUUAUCACCAGUGGUCCUAUAAUUGCCAUGGAGAUUUUAAGAGAUGAUGCUAUAUGUGAAUGGAAAACACUUCUUGGACCUGCAAACUCUGGACUGGCGCGUACAGAUGCUCCUGGAAGCAUUAGAGCCCUCUUUGGAACAGAUGGCAUAAGAAAUGCAGCUCAUGGCCCUGAUUCUUUCGCUUGUGCUGCCAGAGAAACGGAGUUAUUUUUUCCUUCGAGUGGAGUUUGUGGGCCAGCAAACACUGCUAAAUUUACCAGUUGUACUACUUGUUGCAUUGUUAAGCCCCAUGCCAUCAGCGAAGGACUGCUGGGAAAGAUUCUGAUGGCUAUCAGAGAUGCAGGUUUUGAAAUUUCAGCUAUGCAGAUGUUCAACAUGGAUCGAGUUAAUGUUGAAGAGUUUUAUGAAAUUUAUAAAGGAGUCGUGUCUGAGUAUAACGAAAUGGUGACAGAAAUGUAUUCUGGCCCUUGUGUAGCAAUGGAGAUUCAACAGACGAAUCCUACAGUGACAUUUCGAGAAUUCUGUGGACCUGCUGAUCCUGAAAUUGCCCGGCAUUUACGCCCUGGAACCCUCCGAGCAAUCUUUGGUAAAACUAAGAUCCAGAAUGCUGUCCACUGUACUGAUCUGCCAGAGGAUGGCCUAUUAGAGGUUGUUGUAAAGUCGCUUUAGUUUUUCCACGUGGAAACUGAUGAGGCUGAACUGGUGGUUCUCUAAGCUCAGACUUCUCCACAAGUGAGCUGAGAAAUUGAUCCUCGGAGGCCUAAGAGCAGUUCCUUCAAUCCUGAACGGCUUCCUGCUGUGGCUUCAGCAUGUCACACAAGAAUUAGCAUUUUCUAUGUGUGCCGUGAGGUGACAAAGAUUGAGAGUCCCGCUCUAAACCCCUUUUGUGCACUAACAUUUCAUGAUUCUAGGUUUUGAGGAACUCACAUUCCAAUCUAACCCCCUUGUUUUUCACCAAUGAGGAGAGUGUGGCCUAAAGAAGGAAGUGGCUUACCUGAGAUUGCAUAGCUCGGUGUAUAGAACAUUAGUCUCCUAACCAGGAAUGCUGGGUUUUUCUAAUAUGCAUACUGUCUUUAUAUUCUUUGUGAUCAGGUAAUUGGUUAUUAUUAUAAUUAUCAAGAUUGCAGGUGUUUUUUUCUUUCCUUAGUUAUGUAUAGAAAUAUAUUUUAUAUUUUUUCCAAUGACUAGUAAAAAUUUAUUACUCUAAGAUAUCAAACGUCAUUUUACUAAAACUGGAAGCUUGAAAACUUUGGAGAAGUGACUUCCCAGGAGAACACACUUCUUAUUUUAUUCUGACUAAGCUGAAACUAUUACAAGACCAGCAUUUCUAUUUCUAAGUCAGUCCAAAGUCUAUAAGCAUACAGAAAUGAUGAGUAGAAAUUAGCUGAGCUUUCAAUAGCUUUUUACUUGAUUUGAACUUGCGUUCAAAGGUGAAUCAAAAGUUUAAAGUUGAAUUUGAAUCUAAAGUAUGAGGCAGGCUGAGGAGUAUACUGCUUCUGAGCACAGGCUCUGGAGUCGAGUAAUCUGAGUUCAAACCCCUAAUUUCUCCACCUACCAACUUUGUGACUUAGGAAAAAUUACCUUUCUCAGACUCAUUUUCCCCAUUUGCAGAAUAGAAAUAAUGACAUUUCACAGUAAGCAUUGAAUGAGACAAUAUAUAAAAAGGACUGUUUCAUCAGAGUUCAGUAUAGAAAACAGAAACUAGGUGUUUCAAUAAGAAAGGGGUUUAAUACAGGGGAAAUCAAUGGAAGGAAGGGGAUGCCACAGGGACACUGAUUUCACACCACACUACUAUGCAGAGGUCAGGCAGCUGCUCUUGAUGCCACCUCGGCCACAACUGCUGACAUAACUGCAGUCUCACAGCCGUGAACCUGAUGACAAGACACUGGAAGGCUGAGUCCAGCCACUACAAACACUUAUCUUUCUGACUUGCUUGCCAGUAUUCAGAACAGUAAGAAGAUGGCCUUUGUCUUGCCUCUCUCUUCCAAAUUUCACAUGGAUGCAUCUGAUUCGUGGAGCCCAAUUUGUAAUAAGAGCUUUAGCUGCAGGGGAGUUUGGGAAAUGUAGUUUGUAGCUUUCUAGCUACCAAACAGAAGGAGGAUGAAAUAGAAAUUGAGAGACCCAGUCUAAGUAUCUGCCACAAGGGUAGAGCCCAGGGUGUGGCAUACAGCAAAUGCCCAAUAAAUGAUAGUUACUGUUGGUUUUGUUGCUGUUGGUAUAUUAGUAGCAGGAGUACAGGUAUCACUAAAUCUCAAUACAUAGUUUACUUGUAAACUUUUAUUAACCUUAAAAUGUUGAUUUGCUUCUAUUCUUAGGGGAUGCACCAAGGAUGCAAUUAAAUAUAAAUCUUCAUCUAUGUUGUAAACCCAUUAUUUAUAAGAUCCCUUUUUCUCCCUGUCAAGAUGGCAGUACAUAAUAAAGCAAAUUUCUAUGUAUUGUCUGAUUCAGUUAACAUAAUCACUGAAUUAAAACAAUAGGACUCAAUUCAGUUAACUGUUUUGUGAUGGGAUAUGCCUUGCUGCAUUCAAGUGUAAACAGCUGAUUGAUCUCACUGGGUGCCUAGACACAAACUAAAUCUUCUUUCC